CAAGUACAUUCUUCUUCUUUGUUUUUUUAUUUGUUGUUGUUCCGCUCUCCGCGAUCACUGGCGAUGUCGUGAUGCGCUUCCUCCUGCGACGGAAUCUGACCCUUUCUCCGUCGACCAACCCUAAUCUCUCCGAUCGCUGCCCGAUACAGAGACUGCUCCUCCGGAGAAACGCCGGUGAUGUGAUCGCUGGUGGUUGCGUCGUCUUGGUGGGUGGAAUUUGGGGGUAGGUGUUCCGUGAUCCACUUGGGAUGGGCUGCGGAGGCUCCAAGCCCCAGGAGGAAGCCGCGGUAGCGCUCUGCCGCCAGCGGUUCCAGCUCCUUGCCGAGGCCAUCCGCUGUCGAUACGCCCUCGCCGACGCCCACGCCGCCUACGCUCGAUCCCUUCAAUCCGUCGGCGUCGCCCUCCAUGAGUUCGUAUAUGGCGCUCGGCCGCCCCCUCCGGCGUCCCCUGUACUUCCACUCCCCGCCCAGCGGAAGGGUGAUCCCGUCCCCCUUCCCGCUGCUGCUGCAGCCGCCGCUGUGUCCGUUCCCUCUGCCGCUGUCAGAGGCCACUCUCGAUCCCAGUCUGGUUCCCACAUCCAUUUCCACCCUUCUGAUUCCGACACCGAUGAUAUUUCUCCCUUUCACUCGGAUGGAGGUUCUCCGCUUCACCACCUACGUGAGGAUGAUUCUCCCGCCGCUGGUCAGACCUACGUCCACCUUAACUACGCGAAAAAGGGCCCAGCGCAGUCGUCCAUCACCUACGAGCAGCAGCCACCAAGUUCCGAGUCAGUGCGUUUCGGUUCUGUCGAUGAACCAGCUCCCGUGGCUUACCCUUAUUAUGGCUACCCUUAUCCUCCUCAAGAUUCUAAUUUUUACCCUUCCUAUCCGUCUUACCCAUCAUACAUGAACUACGGUGAUGGUAUGAGCGGUGGUUUCUUUGGCUCCUCUUCGCCACCUUCAAACAUUUCGCCACCAACAAUGGCAGCAGGUGGAGUCACUCCUGCUCCCCGGGAGCCUCCACCACCUCCAUCUCCUAAGGCUUCAACAUGGGACUUUCUUAACCCAUUUGAAUCCUUUGAUAAUUAUUAUGCUCCAUAUACGCCAAGCCGCAGCUCAAGGGAGUUGAGAGAGGAGGAAGGAAUCCCUGAUCUAGAAGAUGAAGACCAGGAGGUAGUAAAAGAAGCGUAUGGCGAUCCAAAGUACAAAACUUCCACAUCAUCAGCUGCAAAAGGGGAGUACUCAGGUAAGGCUGUUAUGAGAUCAAAAGAGGUUGAGAUCGGCAAUGCUGGUGAUGAUUCCCAACGAAAGUCUAAGUCAAUGGAGGCAGGGAGUAGCUUGGAGCAUGAGGAUCAUGUGGUGGAGAAGAGUGUGGUGGCUGAAUCAGCAGAGUGGCGCACUGCAGGAUUUACAAUUUUGAGGAAUUACCAGAAUGAUCCUAAGAUAGUCCAGGAGAUAAAGGCUCAGUUUGAUAGGGUUUCUGAAUCGGUUGAACAGUCAUCCAAGAUGCUUGAAGUAGGAAAGGCUCUAUAUCAGAAGAAGGAUUCUUUAUACAAAGUUUCUGCCAGAUUGAUAUGCGGAUUGUUGUUGUUUCCAAAUUCGAUGAAUGCAGACCUUUCAUUUGAAGAAGAUGACAAUCUUUCAUCAACAUUGCAGAAGCUCUACAGUUGGGAACAAAAGCUUCUUGCAGAAGUCAUGGUUGAAGAAGGAAUGAGAGUACAUUAUGAAAGAAAACAUGAGCACUUGAGGUACUUGAGUGAAAGGGGGGCAGAAGCUGAAAAGCUUGAGGCAGUUGAAACUUCCAUCAGAAAGUUAUCAACAAAGAUAAGAAUAUCCAUUCAGGUUGCGAGCACAAUUUCAAAUAAAAUCAAUCAGCUAAGGGAUGGAGAACUCUGGUUACGAGUUUGUGAAAUUAUUAGGGGUUUUGAAGAGAUGUGGAGAGUCAUGUCAGAAUGCCAUCAUAUUCAGUAUCAAGCAAUAUCCCAGGCUAAAAAUCUAGACUCUGUUGUCUCUGGAGGAAAGUUUUCUGAUGCUGAUGCGAUAAAGCGCAUAGAAUUAGUGAUGGCAGAAUGGAUUACUAAUUUCUCUAUUUGGGUUACUGCUCAGAAGAUGUAUGUUAAUGCUUUGAAUGGAUGGUUAAUGAAGGGUAUAGCUUAUGAGCCCGAGGUCACUGAUGAUGGUGAGGUUCCUUUUUCUCCUGGGAGGUUAGGUGCACCUCCUGUAUUUGUCAUCUGCAACUACUGGUCUUCCAGUAUCAAUAUGGUAUCUGAAAGGGAUGUUGUAAAAGCAGCCCUCUCUUUUAUAGAAAGCGUCAUUAAUAUAUGGAAAGAGCACAAAGCUGUACAACAGCAAAGACAGUUGACAAACAGAGAUAUGGAUAGCAAACUACAAUCAAUUGAAAAGGAAGAGCAAGAAAUGCUUAAGCAGAGACAGAGAUUACUGGUAAUUUCCAGUGAAAAUGGGAUGCCAACUACUGGGGAUCAAGGAUCAACUGUGAUAAGUUUUCAGUCAAGUCUGAGCCACAUCUUUCAAGCUGUAGAAAAUUUUUCUGCUAAUACCGUGAAAUUAUAUGAGGUACUUAACAAACAAACUGAAGAAGAGAAACAAAAAUUGACUGGAGCAAGUGCAAAGGUGCAGUAAGAUUACGUGUAAUAAGAUUAUGCCUCAUUUUGAUUCAGCAUUUUAUUAUUUCCUGGCCUCACAGAGAUUCUCAAAGUUUGAAAACUCGAGCUGCCUUAUUUUGAAAAGGCGAAGCUUCGCCAGUAGACAGAUUACAAUUGAACUAUGGAAAGGCCAGAUGAAUGAAGUGAUCCAUUGGCUAUGGUUCUUGAAAGGUAAACUCCUAGGAACAAAAACUUGUGCUUAAAAGAAGCAAUAAAUUUUCGCAUGGAAAAAUUGGGGAAUGAUGGAUAACUUGGAAUGAUCACAUUUUAUGAAGGGUUUUCUGCACUUCCUGAGGAAGGAAAGAAGUUGUCUUGGUCUGAAUCCUAGUUAGUCAGGGUGUGGCAUAUGACAGCUAAUAUUUGGUGAAUCAUUCUCUUUUUCACCAGUCAUUUGAUCAAGGCUGUGAAUCAGCUCCAUUUCAUAUGUGUCCAGUGGUAGGAUAGAUAUUUCUAGUGUCGAAUGAGCUUCACAGUGUUUCCCAAAAACAAUCCAGAAACAUGGAGUGAGCUUUGGUUCAAUGGUUCUGGAAUGAGCUUUAUUGACAACUUAGAAAACAUUUAACACCUUGGAUUGAGCUUCUGAUGUGAACUUCUUAUAGUUUAAGAUUAUCUUGACCAGUGAGUUCUGAGAAGCUGUCUUUGCAAUGGUAUUUUAACUAACCAGCUGACGAACAGUAUCCAUGUUGCAAAAUAGGGUUUCAAUGGAGUGAAAAAUUUGAUUCAGGCACCUGAGACCACUUUUUUAAUCUCUGGAGACAAAAGUAGUGAGGUGAAUUAUCACAUGCUGCAGCUGUUCACUUGUUUGUUAAUCUACUGCUUGUGGUGGCGCUCUGGGCAAAGAGUAAAUGAGAGCUUUGUUGCCGCCUGCUUUUGAUGUUGCUACGUCAGGAUGAUCUUGGUGCAGUGCAAGAUAUGAAGAUUUGCUGUAAGCAGACUUUCUACCUCCCUGAGAUGGCAUAUCAUUCUCACUAUGGUUAAGGCUUCAGGAAAGAGUAGCAGAAACUUGAAUCAUGAUUAGCUGUCCCUGGUGCAUAAAGGUUGUUUGCCCUAAUUGGCUUCGUUAGUGAACAAGUGAAACUGGGUAUGCAGGUUGCCAGGAAUCAAUGAUUUCGGCCAAGCACAUUGCUGUUUGCACUCUGUCGUCAGCACUGACUGAGGCAUGUCGAGUUGUUUAUUUAAGUUAGAACGGCUGAGGUUGGUUGUAUCAUGACUGAAGAAGGGCAAGUAGCCUGGAUAGGAUGGUUAAGGAUAGCCUGAAUUGAGAUGACUUAGAGAUUUUUUAUUACUAUGGGGAUUGUAGACUCGAAGGAAUCAAGUGGUGGACUUAGAGCUUGGGAGGAACUUGAUGGACAAGGGUGGUUAACCACCAUCAACGAAGAUGCUUGGAUGAGUCGAGGACAAUAGCUUAGAUCGAAAAGAAAGUGAAGAAUCAAAGACUGAUCCCUAUAUUAUGUUUGCGUGUGGAUGUAAUCUUGGGUUUGUUUAGACAUAAAUUGUAAUAAUGUGUAAUUGUACAAGUAGUGGGUGAGUUUUCUUGUGUUUGGUUGAAGUCUUGAGGUGUUCUCAAAUCAUCCUUGUCGACCAACUGAUAUAUUGGACUGAAGCCAAGUAAGGGGGACUGUCCUAGUUCAAAUUGGCUCGCCAAGAGUUGGCAGUCAAUUAUUUCUAUUUAAGUUGUAAUCAAAUGGAUGGUAUCCAACUGAUUCAAGUUGUAGUAGUUGUAAUUUAACAUUCAGAUCGGAGCAAUGCAAUCAA